CUUUCCCUUACGGUAGACCAACUGAUACUAGGUGUUAGUUUAUAUUCAAUCAGAGUUAUCUCUCUUCUUUCUUGUAUUUGCAUGUAACACACACAGGAAGUAAGAAUGACAGAUGAAGCAGCACAGACGGAUGUAUGGGAAUUAUUUUACCAUGCUGGCAUCAACGGACGAUCUGCAUACAUUCGACUAAUAUUUGAAGAACUUGGUAUACCCUACAAAGAUAUGAUAAAAUGUAGAGAAGAUAUAAUGAAAUACUUCUACUCCAAAGAUAAACUAACAGGAUUUCCUGUACUUUUCCCUCCUGUCAUCAGAAAAGGUGAUAUUCAGUUAGGACAGACAUCAGUAAUAUGCAAGUACCUUGGUGAAAAGUAUGGACUGGUUCCAGAUAAUGAGCAAGAUAAAUGGCGUGCUGACAUGAUUAACACAGAGCUUCAUGACUAUUUAGCUCAGGGUCGUUUAGCUUUUCACGGAAUUCAUCCAACUGCGUCUUACUUCACACAAGUAGAGGAGACUAAGCCAUAUAUAGAAAGAUUUGCUGGUGAAAGGAUUCCAAAAUAUCUGUCUUAUUUUGAAUCUGUACUAAAGUACAACAAUGGUGGUAAAGGAUUUCUGUUUGGUGACAAACUAACUUAUGUUGAUUUGACACUAUUCUGGGUUUUAAAGGCCACGGAAGCAAGUUACCCAGACGCUUGGAAGUGUGCUGAUUUUUGCCCUUUAUUAAAGUCAUUUCGGGAUCGGAUUGAAAGAAGACCUAAUAUUGCUGCAUAUCUCAACUCUGAUAGAUUUGUACCGCUUGAAAAUAAUAGCAUGAUGUGAUUAAGAGGCCUUACAUGUGAUUAAAAUGCCGUACGGUGAUCACUAGUUGAUAAUGUCUACGUCAAUUUGUCUCAGCUGGAGAUUCGUGUCACUUGCAAUCAUACACAUCUUUUUAUUCGUAUAUCCAAGAAUCAAUUCACAACAAAAGAAUACAUGUCAUCCUUGCUUAUGCGGUACACCUGGUAUCACACAUUCGUGUGUGUGUAACUCUGAAAUAUCUUAUUCUCAGUAUUGUCUGAUCAUUAUUGAGGUAAUUGAUGAAAUAUUUGCCAUUUUGAAAGUUAAUAUCAGGCGCCCAUAUUUCAUAUCUUCUUGCUUUUGCUACCAUAGUGUAAUUUUGCAUAUUUUUUUUGGACUAAUUUGUAUUGGAUAUGGUCAGAUAUUCGGUAAAUAAUCUUAAGAGCUUAUGUUAUAACUUAUUGUACAUGAUAAAUCAAAAUAAAGCUUUCUUUGUA